CUGUUUCCUUCCUCUUGUCCAGUUAAAGAGCUCACCUCCCAGUCACCCCUCUAGUCCCCACACACACACACACACACACACACCAUCAUGACCAGAGUUUGGCUGCUGCUGCUGCUGCUGCCGCCUGCCUGUUCCAUGCUUGUCCAUCAUCUGAGACGCUUCCCUGACGCUGCCAGUGUGUGGGGUGUGUUUGAGGUGUCCCAGGUGCACGGGGGACAGCCCCAAUACUCUUUCAACGCGUCCGUCGCCAGGGACGUCUGCCUGCAGAUGGGCGUCGCCAUGGCAACCAAAGACCAGGUGGACCAGGCCCUGCAUCACGGGCUGCAGACGUGCAGGUUCGGCUGGGUGGACGAGCAGGUCGCGGUCAUUCCCCGGCUCCAGGCCUCCACUCUCUGUGGUCAGAACCGCACCGGACUGGUGCUGUGGCGAGCUUCAGUCAACUUACUCUUUGAUGUGUUCUGUUUCAACCAAACAGACCAUGAGCUCCAACUACAUGGCACAACAACGACUGUGCGCCCCCUCAUAACGAGCGCAUCACCCCCUUCUUCCUCAACUUCACCCUCCUCUUCCUCCUCAACGUCUCCUGCAGUCAACCAAGUGGAGGAGGCCCUGAACAGCAGACAGACAGCAGCUGGAGAGGUACCCACUGUGCUUGUGAUCUCUGUGAUGUUUGUGCUGCUGCUACUGGGAGUCACUACUCUAUGGUACAUCAGGAGGAAGGGGAGCGUCUGCCCCCUGCUGGGUGGACGAGUUCACUGCAAGCCCAGCGACACCGAGCUGAAGGAGGCCUGUGUGGUCCAUCUCACCUCCCACACACCAGACACAUCACCAGCCUCCUCCCCAACACCUGACACCACCCAAACACCAUCCAUCAUAACACCUACAGCCACUCAAACACCACCUAUCAUAACACCUGACACCACCCAAACACCAUCCAUCAUAACACCUGACACCACCCAAACACCAGACACCCAACCCAACACUGGAGAUUUAGCCCAACACUGGAGAUUUAACCCAACACAAAGCUGAAUACCGCUGGAGAUUUAACCCAACACAAAGCUGAAUACAUUCACCUAAAGUGGACUGUAUUUUCUAAGGCAUAAAUUAAACAUUUAGACUAGAGUAGGACCCUGUGUUGUUUUUGUAAAACGUAAAUAAAUCUUUUGUAUUAGAGUAGAACUCUGUUCGUUUUUGUAAAGCGUAAAUAAAUCUUCUGGACUAGAGUAGGACCCUGUGUUGUUUUUGUAAAAUAUAAAUAAAACUUAUGGACUAGA